AUGCCGACUCCCGAGUCCGAGAUGUUCCUGGCGCAGAAGCCAAAGGUGCCCCCGACUUUCGACGGCGUCGACUACGACGACACCAAGGCGUUCAAGCAGGCACAGGACGCCAUUAUCCGCGAGCAAUGGGUCGGUGCCAUGAUGCUGCGUCUCGUCGGUGAGGAGCUGGGCAAAUGCUACAAGAAGGAGGGCGUCAACCACUUGGAGAAGUGCGGUCAUUUGAGAGUCCUGGUUGGACCAGGAGGCGGCGCUCUGGUAGAGACUUCUUUCAGCAUCAGAGAAGGGGAACGCAGAGACGAGGCCAUGACGGUAUCACGUCAAUUGGCUACUCACGCUUCCUGCAUCAACAGUUGGAGCGGCCCCCGAGACGACAACCAGCAACGCAAACCCGCCGCAACACCUCGUCGUGCUCGUCCGACACCACACAACAUGAUUUGCAGAACAUGCCUGCGGCGAGCCUCGGCUUUGCCCCGUCUCCAGGCGCCAAGGGCCACCGCCGCCCUCGUCAUUAGACCCUUCUCUCUCUCCGCGCCUUCGAGGAACGCAGCAGCGGCGCCCGACGACAGCACCAAGACGAAAGCGACGGAUGUACCCCCGAACCUCUCGAGCCUCAAAAACGAUGCACCCGCGCCCGCGCCCAUCUCCUCAUGCCCCGCCGGUACCGUCCUCAACGGGCUGAACUACUUCAAGGGCCGGACGGACCCGGUCGCCCUCCGCGACGAGGAAUAUCCCGAGUGGCUGUGGACGGUCCUGGAGUCCAAAAAGGUGACCGUUGAGUCCGCCGACGACCUUGCCGCCGAGAUGUUCUCCAAGUCCAAGAAGCAGCGUAAGGCCGCCGCCAAGCGCCAAAAGGCCAUCGAGGCCAAGCUUGUUGCCUCAGGCGACGUCGAGGCCCUCGCGCCCAAGGUCCCGCUGCCGCAGCAGUCCAUCAACCUGCCUGGUGAGAAGGGUGGCGAUGUCGAACAUAACCUUCACGCGGCGACCAAGAGAGACGAGCUACGCAAGGCGAUGCGCACGGAGCGUAAGGCCAAGAUCAAGGAGUCCAACUACCUCAAGUCCAUGUAA